GCAAUUUUGGGCCCGUUACAAUAUCAUCGUUAAGUAUAUUGGCCUUGUUCUCUCGCUGCCGCUGCUCCUCCUCCUCCUCCGCCACCAUCUCCGACCUCAAUUGCCGGCCCUCUGACGCUUAACGCCACCUCCACCUCCGAUUUUGGCGCGAUCACCAGAAAGAUUUUGUUUCUUCGGUGAGUAGAGGAUUUCGUUACAAGGGAAAUGUCAGCGUUCGUGCCUCCAGGGGUGCCUAGACCUGGUAACGCCAAUCAAGCACGACCACAACCGCAGCACCAGCCUCCCAAUUAUGGCCCCAAUGCAAUAGCCGAGAGCAUGCAGAAUAUGAUCCUGAAUAGACCGCCAUCGACCCUACCUGGUUCUGCCCCCAGGCCGUCGCCUUUUGGCCAGCCACCACCCUUUCCUUCUCCAUCACCUUCACCUGCAUACUCUGGCGGGUCGCAACCAAUGUCACGUCCUGGCCCACCACCACCUGGCGUUCUUGCAAGACCUACAAUGCCUCCAUCAACUGCUGCACAAGCUACAUUUCCCCCUAAUGUUGCCCCAGGAAGACCCACUGCUCCGCCUGCCAGUCAUGCACCCCCCUUUGGAUAUAGACCGCCUGCUGGUUCUUUGCCAUCUUCAGUUGGUGUGCAAACAGGUGUUUCUCCGAGGGCUCCCAUUUCAGGAGCAUUCCCUGGUGGUCCGGUCACAACACCAGCGGCACCACCAGCAGCACGUCCAGCAUUUGCUUCUGCUCCUUUUGCAACCGGUCCAAUGGUUCCACCAACAGGUCCACCUUCUGCUUCAGUGAAUAAUGGGCCACCAACUUUUGCACAUGGAGGUUUGGCUGGAGGGCCUCGAUUUGCCCCUCCAGGUGGCCCUGCACCUCAGCAGCUGCCUGUCGCCCCUCCGCCAACAGAUCAAGUUCCUCGAGGACCAAGCAUGCACUCCCUCAUGGCUAGUCCCUCAGUAAGUUCUCCACUGGCUCCUCCAAUGCAAUCAAGUUCAACCUUCUCGAGAGCACCUCAGGCCAUGCCUCCUCCACCGCCUUCUCCUUUUGGAGCACAGCCUUGGUCGAUGCAUUCUGAGCAGAUGCCUCCACCUCCACCAGUUCCAGGUCCUCCACAACCACCUCGAGUGUUUGGGAUGCCACCUCCGCUCUCAAAUCAAUCUAUGACUGCCAUAUCCCCUGCCAUGGCCUCCACUGGACCUUCUCUUGGAGGGCCAUCAAAGAUUGAUCCCAAUCAAAUUCCAAGGCCUAUCCCAAGUUCAACAGUGACACUUCAUGAAACUCGGCAGGGCAAUCAGGCAAACCAGCCUCCACCUGCCACAAGUGACUAUAUUGUCAGGGACACUGGAAAUUGCAGUCCACGUUUCAUGAGGUGCACCAUUAAUCAGAUUCCAUGCACUGCCGAUCUUUUGACGACAUCAGGCAUGCAGCUUGCUUUGUUGGUUCAACCUUUGGCACUUCCUCAUCCAUCUGAAGAACCCAUUCAGGUUGUUGAUUUUGGAGAAAGCGGCCCCAUUCGAUGUUCCCGCUGCAAGGGCUACAUAAAUCCUUUUAUGAAGUUCAUAGAUCAGGGGAGACGGUUCACCUGUAACUUAUGUGGCUUUACUGAUGAGACUCCACGUGAUUACAUCUGCAAUCUGGGUCCUGAUGGCAGGCGCAGAGAUGCAGAUGAGAGACCUGAACUGUGUAGAGGAACAGUUGAAUUCGUCGCCUCGAAGGAAUAUAUGAUCCGUGAACCGAUGCCCGCGGUGUAUUUCUUCCUUAUUGAUGUGUCCAUGAAUGCUUUGCAAACUGGUGGAACUGCUGCAGCUUGCAGUGCAAUCAAUCAAGUUAUUUCUGAUCUUCCUGAAGGUCCUCGGACAAUGGUUGGAAUUGCGACAUUUGACUCCACUAUACAUUUUUACAAUUUAAAACGCGCACUGCAACAGCCAUUGAUGCUAAUCGUUCCCGAUAUACAAGAUGUGUAUACUCCGCUGCAAAGUGAUGUUAUCGUCCAGCUUUCUGAGUGCCGUCAACACUUGGAGCUAUUGCUGGAAAGCAUUCCAUCUAUGUUCCAAAAUAAUAAAAUUGCCGAAUCAGCCUUUGGUGCUGCAGUUAAGGCUGCUUUUCUGGCAAUGAAAAGUACUGGCGGGAAACUUCUGGUUUUUCAAUCAGUCUUGCCAUCAGUCGGAAUUGGUGCUCUCUCUGCCAGAGAGGCUGAAGGAAGAACUAAUAUCACAUCUGGAGAAAAGGAGGCUCAUAAGUUACUCCAACCAGCUGACAAAACUUUGAAGACAAUGGCCAUUGAAUUUGCAGAGUACCAGGUUUGCGUUGAUGUGUUUCUCACUACCCAAAGUUACAUAGAUAUUGCGUCGAUAUCUGUGGUACCGAGAACUACUGGAGGGCAGGUUUAUUAUUAUCAUCCCUUCUCAGCUCUAUCGGAUCCUGCAAAGCUUUACAAUGAUCUGAGAUGGAAUAUUACAAGACCUCAAGGUUUUGAGGCCGUAAUGCGAGUGAGAUGCAGUCAGGGUAUUCAAGUUCAAGAAUACCAUGGGAAUUUUUGCAAACGCAUACCAACUGAUAUUGAUCUACCCGGGAUUGACUGCGACAAAACAGUAAUGGUAACUUUGAAGCAUGAUGAUAAGUUACAGGAUGGCUCAGAAUGUGCAUUUCAGUGUGCACUUCUUUAUACCACUGUAUACGGCCAACGAAGAAUUCGCGUUACAACUUUGUCUCUUCCAUGCACUAGCAUGCUAACUAAUCUGUUCCGAGCUGCUGACUUGGAUGCCCAAUUCACAUGUUUGUUGAAGCAAGCAGCCAGUGAAAUUCCUUCAAGUCCACUCUCACAAGUCCGCGAACAAGCAACAAACCUAUGCAUCAACAUUCUGCUUUCGUAUCGUAAAUUUUGUGCCACAGUGUCAUCAUCCGGACAGCUAAUUCUUCCAGAGGCUCUCAAGCUUCUACCUCUAUAUACUCUUGCCGUACUAAAAGGUACAGGGUUGAGAAAUGAUGGGAAGAUAGAUGACAGAUCUUUCUGGGUGAACUAUGUUUCAUCUGUAUCUACUCCUCUGGCAAUUCCUCUGGUCUAUCCCAGAAUGAUUCCCAUCCAUGACCUAAAUUCAAGGGAGGAUGAUGGAUCCAUCGUUCCAGCUGUAAUUCCUCUUUCAAGUGAGCAUGUCACCGAUGAGGGAAUCUAUCUUCUUGAAAAUGGUGACGAUGCUCUAAUAUAUGUGGGGAACUCAGUUGAUCCGGAUAUUUUGAGUAAAUUGUUUGGUACAUCCUCAGUCGAAGAAAUUCCUGCUCAGUUUGUUCUCCAGCAGUAUGAGAAUCCGCUAUCUAAGAAACUGAAUGAGGUGGUGAACGAGAUACGGCGGCAAAGAUGUUCCUAUCUCCGCUUGAGAUUAUGCAAGAAAGGAGAUCCUUCAGGAAUGCUGUUCUUCUCAUAUCUGGUUGAGGACAAGAACUCUGGCGGCUUGUCCUAUGUCGAGUUUUUGGUACAUGUACAUCGGCAAAUCCAAAUGAAAAUGUCUUAAUUACUGCACACUAGUUGGGUUGGUUUUCGAGUUUUGCUUACAUUCAUGCCAGGGAUCAAGUGGGCUCCAGAGAGAAGAUAUUGAUCAGGUUUAGGCUUAUGUUUAUGUAUACAGACUAGUCUUGGCCCCAAAAAAGUAAUUUAAUUGUGGAACCAAAACGAAUUUUGUGAUAAAGGGUUUUUUUUUUUUCAUUUUUUUCUUUCCUUUUUUAAGUGUAGGAGCAUUCAGAGUUGUUGUUGUUGCCUGUUAAAUUAACACCAAUAAAUAGCAGACAUUCUUCUUGUUUUA